AUGGCGGAGAGAGUAGAAAGACGACGUCCCUCGACCGAGCCGGCCAACAAUGAACCCCGGGACAAGGCUCCACAGGCAGAGCAGCUGCCGGUUCCAGAAGACAAUGGCAACGAGGAAGACCCAUCAAACAUAGCCGCUGCUGCCGAUGCGGCGAACCGGAGUAGCAAGCGAGGCAAAAUCGGCCGCCGGGCAUGCGACGGCUGCAAGGUGCGCAAGAUACGAUGCUCCGAGCUUCCACCUUGCGAAAGAUGCAUCAAGGUCGGCAUCGCAUGCACCUUUAACCAUGUACAGGCGUUGCGCGGCCCGCGGUCCCUGCGCGAGAAGACCAUCCGCCGGAUCAAGACGGUGCAGGAGGCACCCUCUGCGGGACAACAGCAGCAGCAGCAGCAGCAGCAGCAACAACACCACCACCAACAACACCACCAUGCCGCCGACGAGCCAGCACUCUCAACAUCGCCCAACCAGCAAAAAUCCCCAACCACCCUCCUGUCGACGCUCGUCUAUCUACUCUGCACCUACCGUCUCCGGCUCUUCUCCGUCUGGCCCAUAGUAGCCGUCGAGGAGGUCAUGGCCGAGCUGCACCGCAACGCCCAAGACCUGUCAACAUACGCUCUGGCCAACGCCAUCGCGGCAGCUACCGUGGCGCAGCUCAAGCUCGACGGCGACGGGCAGACGCCAUCCUCGGCGACCCUCGAGGCCGAGGCGCGGCGGGCGCGGAGGGCCAUCAUCGACGGCCAGGGCGACGACGACGACGAAGAGCCCCUGACGAGCCUGGACUCGCUCCGCACCACCUUCUUCCUGCACAUAUACCACGAGAACCAAAAGCCCGGCGGCGCAAAGUCGCUCAUGUACCUGCGCGAGGCCAUCACCAUCGCCCAGAUGAUGCGGCUGCACGACGAGGCGUCCUAUGCGGGCUCCUCGGGUCCCGAGCAGAUGAUGCGCAGGCGGAUCCUGUGGCUGCUUUUCGUCACCGAGCGCGGCGUCGCGGUCCUGCAUGGCCUGCCCAUUGUGCUGAAUCCCAGUCCAAACGCGCGUUUCCCAUCACUCGGCGGCUUUGGAGAUAGGAAGAGGGCGGGCGAGGAAGACAAGGAUGACGAGGCACACAUCCUCCCGGCGUUCAGGAAGCUCAUUGAUCUGUUCUGGAUAUUUGACAGGUCUGGGGCUUUUGACAUGCUCGGAGAGUCGGGGGGUAUCAACUCCCCGACAAGACAGGCCGGGCCAGCAGGCACUCCAACCGGCGCUGUUUCCGAUGCCGCAGAGACACCACCGGCCGAAUCCAACUCAAAUAAGCUGCAGAGGUGUUUUGCACUGUUGAGGCAGCACCAGUUCCACGAAGAUCAGCAGGCCGAGGCUAACGCAAGCGACGCGGGCGUUGAUCCUCUAGGCGAUGUUCAAAGGGCAGACGUCCUGGUUACCCAGCUGUGGAUGCAAGCCGUCUUGUGGAAGCUGCUGCUGAGGCGCCGCCCACAACAUCGACAGCCCGAGGCGCUCGUGCACACGCAGCCUUUGCAGAUCGCAACCGACUUGAUCAGGAUAGUCGACUGUCUGCCGGUCGCCGCGCUGGAGUCUCACGGGCCGACUAUGGAGCUCAAGAUAUUCGAUAUUGCCUCCGCCGUGGUGGACCAGCUGUCAAUGUCGAGCAACGCGAGGGCUUUGUGGGAUAACGGUCGUGGCAGCGCCGAGGGGAUACUUUCCGAAUUACAAAGAAUCCUCAGCGGCUGUCGAGGUGGAAACCCAAAGCUGCUGGCUCUUCUUCGGGCCAAGAUUGCUAGCCAGAAAGGUACUGCGGGCCAGGACAGAUGCCUCGUCGAUCAAGGUUCCGGGUCGAGACAUUCCAGCCGAGCCGGUACCCUUUUCGAGCAUCAUGGACCAUCACCAUCACUGGGCCAUGGUCAAGUGCUCACCUACCAAGAAAGCCUGCAAGGAAGAGUCCGAGAUGCGUUUGACAGUUCUUCCAGAUCCCAGCUCUACGCCCCAGUCGGGCAAGGCUUACACAUGACGCAGGUCAGCGCGGGCGACAUGCUGCUCGGCAUGUCCAACGACGUCGAGGGUCUCCAGGUGCCUAUCGACGGUAUGGUGGACUCUGGAGCGGCACUUUUUGCCGAGCUGGCAUCGAACGGGGGCUUUAUGUGGGAUGCGAGCCUUUCUAGUGAUCGAAUAGGUAUCUGGCCUGCAUGUGUGCCAAACUAG